AGGAGGAGGAAUCGGUUAAUUGGCGACGUCACGUGAUUCGGCAUGGAGGCGGCGGCGGCUGAGGCAGCAGCUGAGGAGAGCAGCCUUCUCAAGAGUCGGCGGCAGCAGCGGCGGCGACAGCGCUAGUUGCGAGCGAGGCGGAGGCAACCGCUUGUGAGAGGAGCGGCGACCCGGCUGAGCCUGGCCGGAGAGGGCGGCGGCGGCGGCGGCGGCAGGGUCCGCCAUGGACUGAGGGCGACGCGAUGGGCAACAAGGAGUCCCGCAUCGGUUUCCUCACCUACGACGAGGCCCUGCGGAGGGAUACCCAGUGGUUGAAAGAUGCUGAAGGAUAAAUAACCAAAUUAGAAGCUAAAGAACUACCAAAGAAUGCCAAAUUUGAAUACAGGAUAUGCUCCUGCCUAGGAAAUAUUCUCAAGAAGUUACGGAUGUAGAACUGAAGCGGCUGAAAGAUGCCUUCAAGAGGACCUGCGGACUCUCAUAUUACAUGAGCCAGCAGUGUUUCAUUAGGGAAGUGCUCGGGGAUGGAGUUCCUGCAAAGAUUGCUGAGGUCAUAUACUGCUCUUUCGGUGGCACGUCCAAAGGACUACAUUUCAACAACUUGAUAGUGGGCUUAGUCCUCCUGACAAGGGGCCGAGAUGAAGAGAAAGCAAAGUAUAUUUUCAGCCUGUUUUCUAAUGAAUCCGGAAGCUAUGUCGUCCGCGAAGAGAUGGAAAGGAUGCUUCAUGUGGUUGAUGGGAAAGUCCCGGAAAGCCUCAAGAAAUGCUUCUCGGAGGGUGAAAAGGUAAACUUUGAGAAAUUCAGAAACUGGCUGUGGCACAAUAAGGAGGCCUUCACGUUUUCCCGCUGGCUGCUCUCAGGGGGAGUGUAUGUCACGCUCACAGACGACAGCGACACCCCCACUUUCUAUCAAACUCUCGCAGGAGUCACACACUUGGAAGAGUCUGAUAUCAUUGAUCUCGAAAAGCGGUAUUGGCUUCUGAAAGCUCAAUCAAGAACAGGACGUUUUGAUCUGGAAACGUUUGGCCCUUUGGUUUCCCCUCCUAUUCAUCCCUCCCUUGGUGAAGGUCUUUUUAAUGCCUUUGAUGAAAAUCGUGACAAUCACAUAGACUUCAAAGAAAUCUCCUGUGGACUCUCGGCCUGCUGCAGGGGCCCGCUGGCGGAAAGGCAGAAAUUUUGCUUCAAGGUUUUCGACAUUGACCGAGACGGGGUUUUGUCUCGCAUUGAACUCGAAGACAUGGUGGUUGCCCUUUUAGAAGUCUGGAAAGAUAAUCGUACUGAUGACAUUCCUGAGCUGCACAUGAACCUGCCUGACAUAGUAGAAGGUGUUUUGAAGGCACAUGACACCACCAAGCUUGGCCACCUCACUCUGGAGGAUUACCAGAUCUGGAGUGUGAAGAGUGCUCUUGCCAACGAAUUUCUGAAUCUCCUUUUUCAGGUGUGCCAUAUAGUCUUAGGCUUAAGACCUGCCACUCCAGAAGAGGAAGGGCAAAUAAUCAGGGGCUGGCUAGAACGAGAAAGUCGGUACGGCCUUCAGGAAGGGCACAACUGGUUUCUUAUUGCGAUGCCAUGGUGGCAGCAGUGGAAAGAAUAUGUCAAAUAUGAUGCUGGCCCUGUCGUGAUUGAACCUUCGCCUGUCCUAAGCGGAGGUAAGAAUUUGCUUCCAGGUCCCGCAGCGCACACAUCAGAGCAGGGAGAAGACAAAACAGGCCGUUUAAAUUACUACAGUGCCACAGAAGAAAAGUUUUCAGAUAACAUUUCUACUGCAGCAGAAGCCCCAGAGACCACUAGCAGUUUUCUUUACACACACCCUCCCAGUGCCGAGAUGUGUUUUUCUCGUCAACUUAACUCUUCAGACAAUAACAAUCAGUGCCUGCUUGGAUCUAAUGGGAAUAUAUUGCUGCAGCUCAGUCCACAGCGUCCCGGAGCGAUUGAUAACCAGCCCCUUGUAACUCAAGACCCAACAAAGGCUCCAUCAUUGACUCUGGAAGGGGGUCGAUUAAAACAAUCUCCUCAGUUAAUUCAAGGAAGGAAUUAUGAAAUUGUCCCAGAACCGGUGUGGAGGGCUCUUUACCACUGGUACGGCGCAAACCUGUCUUUGCCGAGACCAGUGAUUAGGAACAACGCAAGCGGCCUGCCCGAGCUGGAGCUCUUCCCGCGCUACCUGCUCUUCCUGAGGCAGCAGCCCGCCACCCGGACACAGCAGUCCAACAUCUGGGUGAACAUGGGUAUGAUGAGCCUGAGGAUGUUUCCUCACCACUUGCCGAGAGGGAAUGUUCCAUCUCCCAGUGCUCCCUUAAAGAGGGUCUUGGCCUACACUGGCUGCUUCAGCCGCAUGCAGACGAUUAAGGAGAUCCACGAGUAUCUGUCUCAAAGGCUACGGAUAAAAGAGGAGGACAUGCGCUUGUGGCUGUACAACAGCGAGAACUACCUUACUCUUCUGGACGAUGAGGAUCACACAUUGGAAUAUCUGAGCAUUCAGGAUGAGCAGCACUUAAUAAUAGAAGUUCGAAACAAAGACAUGAGCUGGCCGGAGGAGAUGUCUUUUAUAGCAAACAGCAGUAAAAUAGACAGGCAUAAGGUCCCAACGGAAAAGGGAGCCACUGGCUUGAGCAACCUGGGGAACACCUGUUUCAUGAACUCCAGUAUCCAGUGCGUCAGCAACACCCAGCCUCUCACCCAGUAUUUCAUCUCCGGCAGACAUCUGUACGAACUCAACAGGACAAAUCCAAUAGGAAUGAAGGGGCAUAUGGCCAAAUGCUAUGGGGAUUUGAUUCAAGAGCUAUGGAGCGGAACGCAAAAGAACAUUGCUCCUCUCAAGUUACGGUGGACGAUAGCUAAAUAUGCUCCCAGAUUUAAUGGCUUCCAGCAGCAGGACUCCCAGGAGCUCUUGGCUUUUCUUCUGGACGGUCUCCAUGAGGAUCUGAACAGAGUUCAUGAUAAGCCGUAUGUCGAACUGAAAGAUAGUGGUGGCCGGCCGGAUUGGGAGGUGGCAGCAGAGGCGUGGGAAAACCAUCUGAGGAGGAACCGCUCAAUUGUGGUGGACUUGUUCCAUGGGCAGCUGAGGUCCCAAGUGAAAUGCAAGACCUGUGGGCACGUCAGUGUUCGCUUUGACCCUUUUAAUUUUUUAUCUUUGCCCCUCCCGAUGGACAGCUACAUGCAUGUUGAAAUUAUAGUAACUAAGUUAGAUGGUACAACUCCGGUUCGAUAUGGACUGAGACUGAAUAUGGAUGAGAAGUACACUGGCUUGAAAAAGCAUCUCAGCGAACUUUGCACACUAAAGCCAGAGCAGAUCCUCCUUGCGGAAGUGCACAGCUCCAACAUAAAGAACUUUCCUCAAGACAACCAGAAAGUCCGUCUCUCGGCGAGCGCAUCUUUAUGUGCAUUCGAGAUACCGAUCCCCGGAUCCCCCACAUCAGCUACUCCAAGUCCUGUGCAAACAGAGUUCUGUAGCGGGCCUUCAGCAAACGGGAUGAUCAGCGUGCUGAUGAAUGGCGACCUUUCCCGGCCAACUCUCAUACCAAACGGGAUGCCAAACACAGUGGUGCCAUGCACGAUGGAAAACGGUUUCUCCAACAGGAUGGUGAACAGCCACGUGACCUCUCCAUCGGAUAGCCCCUUCAUAGGUUAUAUCAUCGCGGUCCACAGGAAAAUGAUGCGGAUGGACAAGUACUUCCUUUCAUCUCAGAAGAAUCGGCCAAGCCUCUUUGGAAUGCCACUGAUAGUUCCGUGCACGGUUCACACGCGGAAGAAAGACUUGUAUGAUGCAGUCUGGAUCCAGGUGUCCCGGCUGGCGAGUCCCCUCCCUCCCCAAGAAGCCAGCAAUCACGCUCAGGACUGCGAUGACAGCAUGGGCUACCAAUACCCCUUUACCCUACGAGUAGUUCAGAAGGACGGCAAUUCGUGUGCUUGGUGCCCAUGGUACAGGUUUUGCCAUGGCUGUAAAAUUGACUGCACUGAAGACAGAGCUCACAUGGGGAAUGCCAACAUUGCUGUUGACUGGGAUCCCACGGCACUUCAUCUCCGCUACCAGACGUCGCAGGAACGGAUGGCGGAGGAGCACCAAAGUGUGGAGCAAAGCCGGCGCGCACAGGCGGAGCCAAUCAACCUCGACAGCUGCCUCCGGGCCUUCACCAGCGAGGAAGAGCUGGGCGAAGACGAGAUGUACUAUUGCUCAAAGUGCAAGACUCACUGCUUGGCCACGAAGAAGCUGGACCUGUGGAGGCUCCCCCCUAUCCUGAUAAUCCACUUGAAGCGCUUCCAGUUUGUCAAUGGUCGCUGGAUAAAAUCCCAGAAAAUCGUCAAGUUUCCCCGAGAGAGUUUUGACCCGAGUGCCUUCCUGGUGCCAAGAGAUCCAAGCUGUUGGCCACAAAAGCUGCUGACUCCUCAAGUCGAUGAUCUCUCGGAGCCUCGGAUUCCACAGGAAGAGUGCAAGAGAACAGAGGCACAGAACUCUGCUGUGGCUGGGGAAGGCGAUGUGCUGAUUAGAAGCCCCUCUUCCCUCAAUGCUUCUGGCAUCUUAAAUAAUGUCAAAGCAUCCCCAUCUCCUGGACAGAAGUGUGUAGCUGGCUGUCCAUCGAGUAAAAACAUUAGUCCAACCGGUAGCCCCAGGACUUUAGGAAGAGGCAAGGGGCGUCUCCGGCUCCCCCAGCUGUGUAAAAACAAACUGUCUAGCAGCAAAGAGAACUUGGAGACGAGCCGAGAGAAUGGUACAGACUUGGACCCGAAGGCCACCCCUGACCCAGGCGAUGGCUUCAGCCGAGGGCAUGCUUUGGGGGGUAGCCAGGGCGAGCUCUUUGCCGCUCAGGACAGCGAUGUGACUUUAGUCAACGGAUACCUUUGCAAGCAGAACUCUCACAGCAACGGCAGCAUCAAUGGGGAGGAGGAGAUGGCGGUUGACCAAAGAGGAGAGAUCUGUGUUAACCCCAUCUACAACCUAUAUGCAAUUUCGUGCCAUUCAGGAAUUAUGGGAGGAGGUCAUUACGUCACUUACGCCAAAAACCCAAACAGCAAGUGGUACUGUUACAACGACAGCAGCUGUAAGGAAUUGCAUCCUGACGAAAUUGACACGGACUCCGCUUACAUCCUUUUCUACGAGCAGCAAGGGGUGGACUAUGCACAGUUUCUGCCAAAGAUAGACGGCAAGAACAUGGCAGACACAAGCAGCAUGGACGAAGACUUUGAGUCCGACUACAGAAAGUACUGUGUCCUGCAAUGAGUGAGGUGGAGGAGGUUCCACGGAGCAUUCCUGGACGCCUCUUGUUUGGCAAAAAAGAAAAAUGGGUUUUAGCAGACUGGAAGAGCUAAAUGUAGUUUUUAUUUUUUUUAGUUUCCUCUCAUGAUCUGAAAGCACAACUAGAAGAAAAGAACCCCCUAAUUAAAUAGCAGCUCACAAUAUGAGAUAGUGUUCUUUUUGUCUGGAUCUCUCGCUAACACGCCCGGAAAAACAAACAAGAUAUUGGUUGGAUUUCUUUCUUUCCCCUUUGGCCUUUUAAGCUGGUUUGGUGUAAGCAAACUAGGACCAAGUGAGUUUAAAUUUUAAAUAAUCCAAAUAAGAGCUGGCCCCAGAGUAAUAAAAAAAGUUGUGAGGUGGUGGUGGUGAUUUUUCUUUUAAGUUACUCAUAGGGAAGGGGGAGAAGAAGAAAAUAAUCUUUUGAUGCUGUCUUCAGAUUUAAGAUAAUUUAACUUGUAGUGUUGUCUGUAGACAACAUGAAUUCGCUACCUCCUUUUUCUGAAGUUCCAUUUUAGUGAUGAGAUAAGGAAAGCCAAGCUAGGCAACCUGCACAAAAAAGCACGCAUCAUGGUUUAGGGAAUUCCCCCCUUUUCAGUUUUUAACCCUCAGUCUUGGCUUGUUGAUAUCGACAGCCUGUUUCUGUUGUUCUGAGAAGAGAAUUGCUUUCUUGCUUUCAGGCUGUGUUGAGUUUCACCCUCUUGGCUAUGCGGUGUGCUUUCAGAAUAGCUUGGAAGGGAACUUUUCUGUCACUGUGAUUUUAAGGCUGAGAUGACUCCAGGCUUGGGGGCGGGAAGAAUGUGGGGAACUAUUUAGCAUUAAUUCCUAAUCCGAAGUUUUUGGCCAGUAGACACACAAUAAGCUGAUCCUGGCGUCUCUGUGAGAUCUGCACCCUGGCUUUUGUGAAAGUUUUAACAUGCAUGGGGCACCCCAUCUUAAAAUCUACAUAAUGCGGGGGCUCAGGCCCAAUGCAGACACAAUACUGGCAAACUCGCAAUCAUGGUUAAGACUCUGGGAGUUAAAUAUGGGGUGUACAUGUGAACCCCCUCCUAAAGUAACCACCUCCAAAUUUUGGUUGAGAUGCAGCCCUGGUUUUCAGUGUCUGUGCCGUUGCAACAUUUAACCACAUGUUCACAGAAUUCGCAUUAGACGGGGGAGUAGAGGGGGGAGUGUGAGAUUACUGCCCCCUUCCGAUCUUUCAACUAUGGUUAAGCAUUUAUGAGCAUUUCUUCUGUGCCAGCCCUUAGGUAGAGAAUAUUGUCUCCCCAAUUUAAGUUCCCCCUUUAUGAGCUGCAUGGGAUGGUGGUGGCCUUUUUUAAAAAAAAAAAGAGAGAGAAAAGGAAUUGCACUUUAAAAUAAAUAAAUAAAGGAAAGGAUAAUUACAACUCGAGCAUAGUUAAUUUUGUUACUGGUAAUUGCUUUUGGACUGAGAAGUGGGGGCACCUUUUCAAUUUAAAGAGCAAGGCAUCCUGUCUGGGUAGCUAUUAGAGUUUUAAUAUUGGAUGUUCUUCAAUCUGCUGGAAAAUCUGGGCAUGCUCCUUUCUCGUCCUGCCCUGGAAGGGAACAUGGUCUCCCGUUUCUUACUGUAAUAACAUUGGCAUUAAUUUGCAACUUUUCAAAACAAAGUUAACAACCUACAUCAACAGACUCUGUUGCCAUUCAUUUAACUUUGUCCCACUGAUGCUGUUCAUUUGGAGGAAGAUCUGUGAAAGAGGUUGCAUCAGAACUCCCUCUUGUCUAGAAAGAUCUGUGAAGAGGAUACUUAAAUCCCUGUUGACGCAGGCCCAACAAUCUUCCUCGAAAGUCCAUGUGGCAACCAGCUUGGAAGCAACAUCUUUGUGAAUCUGUCCCCCAGCACCUCAAUGGAAGCCAGGGGGGUGAGCAACUCAGCAAUUAUCUUAACCCAGAUUCUCUUGCUCUUAUAAAGCACCUGCGCUAAAGAAGAUUGUUGAGUACGUUGGCUCAUGAACUUAAAACAGUGUUGUAACUCUUUAAUUCACAAUGUGUCUGAAUGAGCAGGUGAUGUCGGGGUCGACUGUUAUUUUUAAAACUGGAACAGCCCAGUUCUUGCUGAACUGCUUAAAUUGUGUUUGGGCUGUACCACUUGGGCUGGUACCCACUUGGGCUCAAAUGACUGGAUGGCACCUCCAUACAAAAUGAAAAUUCCUUGAAUUUGGGAAGGUUGCAGGUCAGGGAGAAAGCUAAGCAAGGAUUCUUGGCCUUGAAAAGCUAGCUUUCUAGAUAGAGGAUUUUUUUUUAUAAAGCAACAUCUGCUAAUCGGAGCAGUCUGAAGUGGUACACGCACAGAACUCCGCUAAAGUUGCAUUAUUUAUUUAAAUUGUUUUCAAUGUGCUUUUCUACCCACUCACUGACCCCCCCAAACAGAAUCAUUUGGCUUAUCAACACCAAGGCAAAGAUUUUGCUUCCCACUCUCCUCUUUGAUGGAGCUUCACCUUUUGUUUGAAGUUAACGUGCAACUUUCUGGCUGAUUUAGUGCAAUUCUUUUAGCUAGGUUCCUUAAUGAACUUACUAGGAGGCAGCACUCUUAGACCUUUCUGGAUCUGGGGAUAUUGAGGAUUGCAGUAUCUUGUGUCCCCUUGAUGUUUUGAGACAGUUUGCUUUCUAUAGACCAGGAGUGGGGAACCUGUGGCUCUCCAGAUGUGGCUGGACUACGGCUCCAGUCAGUCCCAGGUGUUAGCCAUGCUGGCUGAUGGUUGGACUCCAGCAACAGCCAGAGGGUCGCAUGUUCUCCACCCCACGUCAAACACUGUCUAGCUAUGUGGUGGAGGACUGGCCAUGUGCCCCAUCUCCCUUCCAUGCCCGCACAGUAUGAUGUGGGCAUUUCAUGUAGAGACCAGUUCUAUACAGUGACAUGUUUGUGUGAUGCUUUGUCAUCCCUACCAAUCGGUAUGGUUAGACUGUGAAUCCAGGCCUCAUGCAUACAGGCUUCUGUAUAGAGUCAGGCAUUACUUUGCAUGUGUAGUGGAAGGUCAGGGCCUUGUCCAACCCAUCCUUCACCUCAUGAGCUGCAAGCAGGGGACAAGUAUCUGUACUGAUCCUUAGGAAGUUCAUCCCAUUCAGAAGCUAAAUUUGGUGCUCAUUCAGGCAUUGAUCUUCACCUUUCAAUAGAUGCCAUGCCUCAGGCCAGUAAUUUCUGAUGCAAGCUUUACCCUUGGCCAAAGGGAGUGGGGGCAAUCAGUUGUGCACCUGGUAAAAAUCCAUGCACUUAAAAAUGUGGCUUGGGUAGGAGCUAACCCUGUGUGUGUGUGUGUGUGUGUGAUUUCCACAAUAUGUUGCUCCCAAAUCUUUCUCUGUAGCUGUGAGGUUGGAGAAUACCAAGCCUUUUUUUUAAAAAAGGCGGAAUUUCUAGAUUCAGGACUAUUUUGAGACUCCCUUAUCUCAGUUUCCUUUUGCAAAACUCUUCCACGCACAGAUCUUUGAAUUAGCUUUCCUUCCAAAACUUUCUCUGUUGUUGAAAUGAUCUACUAAUGUCAUUUUAAAAUCUGCCAUGUUUUAUUACAUUGGUUGUAAUUAUUAUUUUUAAGGGGAAAAAUUAAAUUAAUUCUUAAAUUUAACAGGAAAAUUUAUUAAGUUAACUCUUAACCACAUUCACUUUGUAAAUUAUUGUAUAAAAACUUAUUGACAAUGCACUGAAUUUAGAAAGACCAUGUACAUAAGUACUGUGUAAAUAAUAAAAAAGUAUUAAUGUAUUGGAAUAUGAACUGUAUAAAAAAAAAGUCCCAAGUAACUGUAUAUGGAGUGAACCUGUUCAUCUGUAACUAUAUUAUCUAAACAAAUUAAAUACUGUGGAUGCAGCGUGUUGCCCCA